AUGGGACAGAACCAAUCGUUCCGCAAAGGUGAAGAUCGAGGUCAGGGAGACGCUGAUAAGGUAAGAUAUCUCAUUUUAUGUGAUGUGAGUUUAGGAGAAGAAGAAAAGAUAUGAACCUCCAAUUCCAUCCAGAAUUGGCAAGAAGAAGAAGGGGGGAAAGGGACCAGAAUCGGCUUCGAAGCUUCCGGCCAUUGCCCCAGUUACUCGAUGUCGCCUGAAGUUGCUAAAAAUGGAGAGGAUAAAGGAUUAUCUGGUGAUGGAGGCUGAAUUUAUUCAGAAUCAAGAGCGUCUGAAGCCUCAAGAUGAGCGUCAGGAAGAGGAGCGGUCUAAAGUGGACGAUCUUCGUGGAACUCCAAUGGCUGUGGGUAACUUGGAAGAAAUUAUCGAUGAUCAACAUGCCAUUGUUUCCACUGUAAGUUGUCACUUAGAAUUCAGAUUUAUUUUUUAGAACGUUGGAAGUGAGCAUUAUGUAAAUAUCAUGUCAUUUGUGGACAAAGAGCAACUUGAACCUGGCUCCUCCGUCCUUCUCAACCACAAGACCCAUGCUGUUAUCGGCGUCCUCAAUGAUGACACUGAUCCAAUGGUAUCAGUGAUGAAGUUGGAGAAGGCCCCUCAAGAGACUUACGCUGAUGUUGGAGGUCUUGAUCAACAAGUACAAGAGAUUAAGGAAUCUGUUGAGUUGCCUUUGACUCACCCGGAAUACUACGAAGAAAUGGGGAUCAAACCGCCAAAGGGUGUUAUCUUGUAUGGACCUCCUGGCACCGGAAAGACUCUGCUGGCCAAGGCUGUUGCCAAUCAAACUUCUGCCACUUUCUUGAGAGUGGUUGGGUCUGAAUUAAUCCAGAAAUACCUUGGGGAUGGUCCCAAGAUGGUCAGAGAACUCUUCCGGGUAGCAGAAGAACACGCUCCAGUAAGUUUGGAGAUAACAGCCCUCUAAAUGAGUUUUUGUAAUUUUUAAGUCUAUCGUGUUCAUCGAUGAAAUUGAUGCCGUCGGAACAAAAAGGUACGAUUCCAACUCUGGUGGUGAAAGGGAAAUUCAAAGAACCAUGUUGGAACUCCUGAAUCAGUUAGAUGGGUUUGACUCCCGAGGUGAUGUUAAAGUGCUUAUGGCCACCAACAGAAUCGACUCUUUGGAUCCUGCUCUCAUCAGACCGGGCCGUAUUGAUAGAAAGAUUGAAUUUCCAUUGCCCGAUGAGAGAACUAAGAGAAGAAUCUUCUCGAUCCACACUGCCCGAAUGCAAUUGGCAGAAGGUGUAGAUUUGGAUGAAUUCAUUCAAGCCAAGGAUGAUCUUUCUGGGGCUGAUAUUAAAGCCAUGUGCACGGAAGCUGGUUUAUUGGCACUUCGUGAACGUAGAAUGAGAGUGACUAUGGAAGAUUUCAGAAAAGCCAAGGAGAACGUUCUCUACAGAAAGAAAGACAAUGCCCCGGAAACCUUGUAUUUGUAA